CCGCCGCUACCGCCACCGCUGCCAUCAUGUGCGACUGUUUCCACCUGGCCUUCCCCAACUGGCACGCUGCCUCGUCAGGGACGGGAGCUUCUGGUCGGAGGCUGAGAGCACCAGAGCCCGGGACAGAGGACGAUUCGGUGUGUGACGACCCGUCUCAGUUCACAGAGGGAGAGAGACCACGCCCUCAGGGAUCGUCCCCCGUCGAGGAGUUUCCUGAAAAAUACACGGACAGCGACAAAGAGUGUGAAGCAGAGCAUGACCCACGCCACAAAAGUGGAGGUGGAAAGAAAAGUAAAAAGUCUGGGCUUGGGUCCAUGUUUGAAAAGCGCUCGACUCCGAAGAUGAGUAAACUGAAGGAAGCUCACAGCCCCGAGUCUGAGGUGAUCGUGAAAACCGCCACAGACGGAUGUGCAGAGGGUCUCGUUUACGGCGGAGGCGGCAAAGAGGGGAUCUUCAUUAAGGGCGUGGUGCCAGAGUCACCGGCCUCGAAAAGUCUGAAACUGAAAGAAGGUGAUCAGAUUCUGAGCGCCACCGUGUAUUUUGACAACGUGCCGUACGAGGACGCCGUUCAGAUCCUGGAGCACGCUCAGGCCUACAGGGUCAAGCUCUGCCUGAAACGCAAACCAGACAUCACAGAGACCGAAGCAGCCAUGGAGUCGGACGUCAUCCCUGAGGAAGAGCUUUGCGCUCCAGCGAUGAGGGAACAAGGAAAAACCAAAAGGCGUGGGGAUGCUCGCAUUUCCUGGCCCAAGUUUCCCUCCUUUGGAAAAGGGCGGAAGACCCGUUUCACGAGGUCUCACAGUUCCUCGGAGGCUGAUGAGCAGAGGAAGCUGGAGCUCAGUCCCACAACAAGUGACACAGAGUCACCUAUAAAGUCCCAGGAUACUCUCAAAGGCAAGAAGAGGCACAAAAUGAAGCUGUCUCUCCUGACAAAGAGAAGCCGAAUAACUUCAGCUGAAGACACAGACGCUCCAACAAACGGACAAACCAGUAGCGAAGUUUACCAGACGGCAUCAGAAAUGCUCUCACCUGACUGCCUCGACAGCCUCUCAGGAGAAACACCUCAAGUCUACGUAACCGAAGAAUUACGACUUGACCAAAAGGAUCUGACUGAACCCAAAACUGCUCAACACAAGGUGGACCUCAUCUGUAUUGACAGCACUUUGAAAACCGCAGAUCUAACUGUGGCUCUGGCUGAUCAGGGAAGCUCCUCUGGUAUCAAGUCCCCAACUGAGAAGAAAAAGAAGAAGGAAAAGUCUGAGUUGAAAGUAAACAUUUUGGGGAAGGAUAAAUCCCACAAGAAGGAUGCAAAAGCAAAGGCCUCCCCGAAAAGGCUGAAAACUCUGGGGGCAAGUAUUGACAUAGCAGAUCAACCUGUGCAGGUAAAAUCAGAUUCCCACACAGACCUGCAGAGAGAUCAGCCACCACUGGAGGCCAACUCCCACAUAAUCAGCAGCGAAGCCUCAAGGGCGAAGCUGGUGACAACACAGAUGGAAAUGAGUGUUCCAAAGGUUGAACUGGAUAUUUCUGAUGUCACAUUUUUUGGAAAAUCUCACCAGAAAGGUGAAGAACCAACAAAGAAAGACAAGGAAACGAAACAAAAAAAGGAAACAAAGACAUGUCCAUCAUUCAAACUGCCUAAAAUUGGUCUAGGUGACAUUGCAACUGAGGAAACUAUACAAACAACGAGUGUAAAUGCUGAAUGCCCGACUAAAAUGGAAAAGCAUAAAGUUGAGGGUCCAGCAGUGAAAGAUGAUCCUUAUGACCGACUGUCGAAAAGCAGUCAUUCCAGGACACAACUUCCCAAACGUGAAGACAUUGAGAUCCCAGGUAUGGAGGACAUGUCUGUGAGAACCAAGGUCAAAAAAAUUAAAGAGCCUAGAGUGGUUUCAGGAGGACGCUAUGAAGACAUUCAAACCGAAGAUGUACAAAUGUCCAUUGAUGUUGACAGCGUGAAAGAGGCAGUUUCGAAAUUGCCCGGAUUUAAGCUGCCACAGGUUGACCCAUCUGGAAUGCCAAUUCCUGAGGAAAUCACUGUGAUAGAUGCAAACGCACAGAGAAUAUCAGUGAAAACACCGACUAAAGUCGCAGAUACAAGAUCCAAACAUGAGGCGCACCUUAUUAAGUUUGACCUAACAGCUGCUGAUUUAACCUCUGAGGAACUUUUGAUUCGGACCCAGGUAGAUUACAAAAAACCUGAAAAAGUCUACGACAUCAAGACAAAACAAAGUGACUACGAGAUGCAAAGUGAAAUCCAUAAACGAGAGGAUAUUAUAAUUCCAGGCAAAGAAAGUGGGAGGAAAGAGUUUGGAUUUAAAUUACCAAAACAAAACUUCUCUGGGCAAGAAGGUGGUGCAAUUUUAGGAGAAAGGACUAUAUUGCUCCAAGAAGUAACAACAUCAAAAACUGAAACAAGGAAAGGCAAGGGGCAGAUAGGAGGAGUCAUAUCUGAUGUCCAAGUACCGGAACUCGGUAGCAUUGAAUAUAUUGAUUCAGUAGGUGGUUCACCAGCCGAACGGGGCGGUGGCAUUAGUCUUAGAGGCUUUGGUGUUCAUCUUGAUGCUACAAAGCCAAGGGCGGACAUUUCCUUUGCAGACAUCAGAGGUGAAGACAGAGAAGUUGGACCAGAGACGCUGGACAAGAAUAUAAACAUUGAUGGAGCAGAGAUAAAAGUACUUCAGAGAAGAGAGGAGUUCAAGUAUAAAAUACCAAAUGUUGGUGUUAGUCUCCGAAGUGUAGAUGUUGCUAUACAGGAGCAAAAGGUGGAAGUUGGAAAACCUGAGGUGGAAAUCAAACCUCUUCAGACUGAGGUGGAACUUGAUGGUGAAGGAAGCAAAUUCAAGAUGCCAAAGUUUGGAAUUAAGGUGCCAAAAAUAAAAGGCCCUGAAUUUGAUCUUAGCUCCUCCAAGAAAGACAUUGAAGUCAAACUCCCAGAAGCUCCUGAGGUCAAUCUCCCUCUUCAAAGAGUAGAUGUUUCUAUUCCAGAACAAAUGGUGGAAGUUAGAAAACCUGAGUUGGAAAUCCAACCUCUGCAGACUGAGGUUGAACUCGAUGGACAAGGAAGCAAGUUCAAGAUGCCAAAGUUUGGAAUCAAACUGCCCCAAAUAAAAGGCCCUGAAUUUGAUCUUAGCUCAUCCAAGAAAGACAUUGAAGUCAAACUCCCAGAAGCUCCUGAAGUCAAUAUUACUCUUGGAACUGUAGAUGUUUCUAUUCCAGAACAAAAGGUGGAAGUCAGAAAACCUGAGGUGGAAUUUAAACCUCUGCAGACUGAUGCUGAAUAUGAUGGACAAGCAAGCAAGUUCAAAAUGCCAAAGUUUGGAAUCAAAAUGCCAAAAAUAAAAGGACCUGAAUUUGACUUAAGCCUUUCAAAGAAAGAAGCAGAUGUCACACUACCAGAAUUUAAAGCUGAGGGGAAACUUCCAGAUGCUCCUGAGAUUGAUGAGCCUGAAUUGCAAGUCAAACCCCUGAAGAUCGACGGUGAACCUGACAGACAAGGAAGCAAGUUUAAAAUGCCAGAGCUAGGAAUCACAAUGCCACAAGUAAAAGGACCUGAGAUUCAUUUUGGGCUAUCAAAGAAAGAUGAAGAUGUCACACUUCCAGAGGCCAAAGCUGAAGUAAAAGUCCCUGAAGUGAAAGCUAAAACUCCUGAGAUAAAAGUGGCACCAAAACGUACAGAAGGUUCCCCAUUAAAAUUCAAGAUGCCAUCAUUCAAACUACCAAAAUUUGGAAUUGUUACUCCAAACAUCUCGGCAGAAGCACAUGAUAUCGAUAAAGAUGUUAAAAUCGAUGGAGCUGACCUGAAAAUCCCAGAAGAGGGGUCUGCUAUUAACAUUGAAGGUCCUUCAGUAGAUCUGAAAACAACAGGAACUGAACAGGAUGGACAAGGAAGCAAAUUAAAAAUGCCACAUCUUCCAAAAGUAAAAGGUCCUGAAUUCGAUUUAAGCUUUUCAAAGAAAGACGCAGAUAAAGCUGAUGUUGCUCUUGGAAGCAUUGAUGUUUCUGUUCCAGAGCAAAAGGUGGAAGUUGAAAAACCUGAGCUGGAAAUCAAACCUCUUCAGACUGAGGUUGAACUUGACGGACAUGGAAGUAAAUUCAAGAUGCCAAAGUUUGGAAUCAAAAUGCCAAAAAUAAAAGGCCCUGAAUUUGAUCUUAGCUCGUCCAAGAAAGACAUUGAGGUCCAACUCCCAGAAGCUCCUGCAGUCGAUGUCACUCUUGGAAGUGUAGAUGUUUCUCUUCCAGAGCAAAAGGUGGAAGUUGGAAAACCUGAAGUGCAAAUCAAACCUCUUCAGACUGAUGUUGAAUAUGAAGGACAAGGAGGCAAGUUCAAAAUGCCAAAGUUUGGGAUCUCAAUGCCAAAAGUAAAAGGACCAGACAUUGAUUUCAGCUUAUCAAAGAAAGAUGUAGAUGUCAGACUACCAGAAGCCAAAGCAGAGGUCAGUCUCCCUGAUGUUGAACUAAAGGAACCUUCUGCAAAAGUGGAGGUGAAAGCUCCUGAAAUUAAAGUUGCAGCUAAAGAUACAAGUGGAUCUCCUUCAAGGUUCAAAAUGCCAACUUUUAGUUUCUCUAAACCUAAAGUCAAAGUGCCUGAUAUAGAUUUAAACUUAUCAAAGAAAGACACAGACAUCACAUCAACAGUCAAACUCCCAGAAACCCCGAAAGUUGAUGUUAGUCUUGGAAAAGCAGAAGUGUUGAUACCGGAAGUGAAAGUGGAAGAAAAGCCUGAAGUGCAAAUCAAGCCUUUGCACGCUGAUGUUGAAUAUGAAGGACAUGGAGGCAAGUUCAAAAUGCCAAAGUUUGGAAUCUCAAUGCCAAAAGUAAAAGGGCCUGACAUUGACUUAAGCUUCUCAAAGAAAGAUGUAGAAGUCAAAUCACCAGAGGCUACGGCUGAGUUUAAACUCCCAGAAGCUCCAGAAAUUGAUGUUAAGCUUGGAAAAGCAGAAGUUUCAAUUCCAGAUGUAAAGACUCAAGUUGAACUUGACGGACAUGGAAGUAAAUUCAAGAUGCCAAAGUUUGGAAUCAAAAUGCCAAAAAUAAAAGGCCCUGAAUUUGAUCUUAGCUGGUCCAAGAAAGACAUUGAUGUCACACUACCAGAAGCUAAAGCUGGAGUCCAACUCCCAGAAGCUCCUGCAGUCGAUGUCACUGGAAGUGUAGAUGUUUCUCUUCCAGAGCAAAAGGUGGAAGUUGGAAAACCUGAGCUGCAAAUCAAACCUCUUCAGACUGAGUUGAACUUAGAAGGACAAGGAGGCAAGUUCAAAAUGCCAAAGUUUGGGAUCUCAAUGCCAAAGUAAAAGGACCAGAAAGAAUUUGAUUUCAGCUUAUCAAAGAAAGAUGCAGAUGUCAGACUACCAGAAGCCAAAGCAGAGGUCAGUCUCCCUGAUGUUGAACUAAAGGAACCUUCUGCAAAAGUAGACAUUAAAGCUCCUGAAAUUAAAGUUGCAGCUAAGGAUACAAGUGGAUCUCCUUCAAGGUUCAAAAUGCCAACUUUUAGUUUCUCUAAACCUAAAGUCAAAGUGCCUGAUAUAGAUUUAAACUUAUCACAGAAAGACACAGAUAUCACAUCAACAGUCAAACUCCCAGAGCCCGAAAUUGAUGUUAGUCUUGGAAAAGCAGAAGUGUUGGCAGACCAAAGUGAAGAAAAGCCUGAAGUGCAAAUCAAACCUUUGCACGCUGAUGUUGAAUAUGAAGGACAUGGAGGCAAGUAAAUGCCAAAGUUUGGAAUCUCAAUGCCAAAAGUAAAAGGGCCUGACAUUGACUUAAGCUUCUCAAAGAAAGAUGUAGAAGUCAAAUCACCAGAGGCUACGGCUGAGUUUAAACUCCCAGAAGCUCCAGAAAUUGAUGUUAAGCUUGGAAAAGCAGAAGUUUCAAUUCCAGAUGUAAAGACUCAAGUUGAACUUGACGGACAUGGAAGUAAAUUCAAGAUGCCAAAGUUUGGAAUCAAAAUGCCAAAAAUAAAAGGCCCUGAAUUUGAUCUUAGCUCGUCCAAGAAAGACAUUGAUGUCACACUACCAGAAGCUAAAGCUGGAGUCCAACUCCCAGAAGCUCCUGCAGUCGAUGUCACUCUUGGAAGUGUAGAUGUUUCUCUUCCAGAGCAAAAGGUGGAAGUUGGAAAACCUGAAGUGCAAAUGAAACCUUUGCACGCUGAUGUUGAAUAUGAAGGACAAGGAGGCAAGUUCAAAAUGCCAAAGUUUGGAAUCUCAAUGCCAGAAGUAAAAGGGCCUGACUUUGAUUUCAGCUUAUCAAAGAAAGAUGCAGAUGUCAGACUACCAGAAGCCAAAGCAGAGGUCAGUCUCCCUGAUGUUGAACUAAAGGAACCUUCUGCAAAAGUAGACAUUAAAGCUCCUGAAAUUAAAGUUGCAGCUAAAGAUACAAGUGGAUCACCCUCAAGGUUCAAAAUGCCAACUUUUAGUUUCUCUAAACCUAAAGUCAAAGUGCCUGAUAUAGAUUUAAACUUAUCAAAGAAAGACACAGAUAUCACAUCAACAGUCAAACUCCCAGAAGCCCCGAAAGUUGAUGUUAGUCUUGGAAAAGCAGAAGUGUUGAUACCAGAAGCCAAAGUGGAAGUUAAAAAGCCUGAAGUGCAAAUCAAACCUUUGCACGCUGAUGUUGAAUAUGAAGGACAUGGAGGCAAGUUCAAAAUGCCAAAGUUUGGAAUCUCAAUGCCAAAAGUAAAAGGGCCUGACAUUGACUUAAGCUUCUCAAAGAAAGAUGUAGAAGUCAAAUCACCAGAGGCUACGGCUGAGUUUAAACUCCCAGAAGCUCCAGAAAUUGAUGUUAAGCUUGGAAAAGCAGAAGUUUCAAUUCCAGAUGUAAAGAUGGAGGUUGAAAAACCUGAACUGGAGAUGAAACCCUUAGACACUCAAGUUGAACUUGACGGACAUGGAAGUAAAUUCAAGAUGCCAAAGUUUGGAAUCAAAAUGCCAAAAAUAAAAGGCCCUGAAUUUGAUCUUAGCUGGUCCAAGAAAGACAUUGAUGUCACACUACCAGAAGCUAAAGCUGGAGUCAAACUCCCAGAAGCUCCUGCAGUCGAUGUCACUCUUGGAAGUGUAGAUGUUUCUCUUCCAGAGCAAAAGGUGGAAGUUGGAAAACCUGAGCUGCAAAUCAAACCUCUUCAGACUGAUGUUGAAUAUGAAGGACAUGGAGGCAAGAUCAAAAUGCCAAAGUUUGGGAUCUCAAUGCCAGAAGUAAAAGGACCAGAAUUUGAUUUCAGCUUAUCAAAGAAAGAUGCAGAUGUCAGACUACCAGAAGCCAAAGCAGAGGUCAGCCUCCCUGAUGUUGAACUAAAGGAACCUUCUGCAAAGUAGGACAUUAAAGCUCCUGAAAUUAAAGUUGCAGCUAAAGAUACAAGUGGAUCACCUUCAAGGUUCAAAAUGCCAACUUUUAGUUUCUCUAAACCUAAAGUCAAAGUGCCUGAUAUAGAUUUAAACUUAUCACAGAAAGACACAGACAUCACAUCAACAGUCAAACUCCCAGAAGCCCCGAAAGUUGAUGUUAGUCUUGGAAAAGCAGAAGUGUUGAUACCAGAAGUGAAAGUGGAAGUUAAAAAGCCUGAAGUGCAAAUCAAACCUUUGCACGCUGAUGUUGAAUAUGAAGGACAAGGAGGCAAGUUCAAAAUGCCAAAGUUUGGGAUUUCAAUGCCAAAAGUAAAAGGACCUGACAUUGACUUAAGCUUCUCAAAGAAAGAUGUAGAAGUCAAAUCACCAGAGGCUACGGCUGAGUUUAAACUCCCAGAAGCUCCAGAAAUUGAUGUUAAGCUUGGAAAAGCAGAAGUUUCAAUUCCAGAUGUAAAGAUGGAGGUUGAAAAACCUGAACUGGAGAUGAAACCCUUAGACACUCAAGUUGAACUUGACGGACAUGGAAGUAAAUUCAAGAUGCCAAAGUUUGGAAUCAAAAUGCCAAAAAUAAAAGGCCCUGAAUUUGAUCUUAGCUGGUCCAAGAAAGACACAGACAUCACAUCAACAGUCAAACUCCCAGAAGCUCCUGCAGUCGAUGUCACUUUUGGAAAAGCAGAUGUUUUCUUCCAGAAGCAAAAGGUGGAAGUUGGAAAACCUGAGCUGGAAAUCAAACCUUUGCAUGCUGAUGUUGAAUAUGAAGGACAAGGAGGCAAGUUCAAAAUGCCAAAGUUUGGGAUCUCAAUGCCAGAAGUAAAAGGACCAGAAUUUGAUUUCAGCUUAUCAAAGAAAGAUGCAGAUGUCAGACUACCAGAAGCCAAAGCAGAGGUCAGUCUCCCUGAUGUUGAACUAAAGGAACCUUCUGCAAAAGUGGACAUAAAAGCUCCCGAAAUUAAAGUUGCAGCUAAAGAUACAAGUGGAUCACCCUCAAGGUUCAAAAUGCCAACUUUUAGUUUCUCUAAACCUAAAGUCAAAGUGCCUGAUAUAGAUUUAAACUUAUCAAAGAAAGACACAGACAUCACAUCAACAGUCAAACUCCCAGAAGCCCCGAAAGUUGAUGUUAGUCUUGGAAAAGCAGAAGUGUUGAUACCAGAAGUGAAAGUGGAAGUUAAAAAGCCUGAAGUGCAAAUCAAACCUUUGCACGCUGAUGUUGAAUAUGAAGGACAUGGAGGCAAGUUCAAAAUGCCAAAGUUUGGAAUCUCAAUGCCAAAAGUAAAAGGGCCUGACAUUGAUUUAAGCUUCUCAAAGAAAGAUGUAGAUGUCAAAUCACCAGAGGCUACGGCUGAGUUUAAACUCCCAGAAGCUCCAGAAAUUGAUGUUAAGCUUGGAAAAGCAGAAGUUUCAAUUCCAGAUGUAAAGAUGGAGGUUGAAAAACCUGAACUGGAAAUUAAACCCUUAGACACUCAAGUUGAACUUGACGGACAUGGAAGUAAAUUCAAGAUGCCAAAGUUUGGAAUCAAAAUGCCAAAAAUAAAAGGCCCUGAAUUUGAUCUUAGCUGGUCCAAGAAAGACAUUGAUGUCACACUACCAGAAGCUAAAGCUGGAGUCAAACUCCCAGAAGCUCCUGCAGUCGAUGUCACUCUUGGAAGUGUAGAUGUUUCUCUUCCAGAGCAAAAGGUGGAAGUUGGAAAACCUGAAGUGCAAAUGAAACCUCUUCAGACUGAUGUUGAAUAUGAAGGACAAGGAGGCAAGUUCAAAAUGCCAAAGUUUGGAAUCUCAAUGCCAGAAGUAAAAGGGCCUGACUUUGAUUUCAGCUUAUCAAAGAAAGAUGCAGAUGUCAGACUACCAGAAGCCAAAGCAGAGGUCAGUCUCCCUGAUGUUGAACUAAAGGAACCUUCUGCAAAAGUAGACAUUAAAGCUCCUGAAAUUAAAGUUCAGCUAAAGGAUACAAGUGGAUCACCUUCAAGGUUCAAAAUGCCAACUUUUAGUUUCUCUAAACCUAAAGUCAAAGUGCCUGAUAUAGAUUUAAAUAUCAAAGAAGACACAGAUAUCACAACAACAGUCAAACUCCCAGAAGUCCCGAAAGUUGAUGUUAGUCUUGGAAAAGCAGAAGUGUUGAUACCAGAAGUGAAAGUGGAAGUUAAAAAGCCUGAAGUGCAAAUCAAACCUUUGCACGCUGAUGUUGAAUAUGAAGGACAUGGAGGCAAGUUCAAAAUGCCAAAGUUUGGAAUCUCAAUGCCAAAAGUAAAAGGGCCUGACAUUGAUUUAAGCUUCUCAAAGAAAGAUGUAGAAGUCAAAUCACCAGAGGCUACGGCUGAGUUUAAACUCCCAGAAGCUCCAGAAAUUGAUGUUAAGCUUGGAAAAGCAGAAGUUUCAAUUCCAGAUGUAAAGAUGGAGGUUGAAAAACCUGAACUGGAAAUUAAACCCUUAGACACUCAAGUUGAACUUGACGGACAUGGAAGUAAAUUCAAGAUGCCAAAGUUUGGAAUCAAAAUGCCAAAAAUAAAAGGCCCUGAAUUUGAUCUUAGCUCGUCCAAGAAAGACAUUGAUGUCACACUACCAGAAGCUAAAGCUGGAGUCCAACUCCCAGAAGCUCCUGCAGUCGAUGUCACUCUUGGAAGUGUAGAUGUUUCUCUUCCAGAGCAAAAGGUGGAAGUUGGAAAACCUGAGCUGGAAAUCAAACCUCUUCAGACUGAGGUUGAACUUGACGGACAUGGAAGCAAGAUCAAAAUGCCAAAGUUUGGGAUCUCAAUGCCAGAAGUAAAAGGACCAGAAUUUGAUUUCAGCUUAUCAAAGAAAGAUGUAGAUGUCAGACUACCAGAAGCCAAAGCAGAGGUCAGCCUCCCUGAUGUUGAACUAAAGGAACCUUCUGCAAAAGUGGACAUGAAUGCUCCUGAAAUUAAAGUUGCAGCUAAGGAUACAAGUGGAUCACCCUCAAGGUUCAAAAUGCCAACUUUUAGUUUCUCUAAACCUAAAGUCAAAGUGCCUGAUAUAGAUUUAAACGUAUCACAGAAAGACACAGACAUCACAUCAACAGUCAAACUCCCAGAAGCCCCGAAAGUUGAUGUUAGUCUUGGAAAAGCAGAAGUGUUGAUACCAGAAGUGAAAGUGGAAGUUAAAAAGCCUGAAGUGCAAAUCAAACCUUUGCACGCUGAUGUUGAAUAUGAAGGACAUGGAGGCAAGUUCAAAAUGCCAAAGUUUGGAAUCUCAAUGCCAAAAGUAAAAGGGCCUGACAUUGACUUAAGCUUCUCAAAGAAAGAUGUAAACUCACCAGAGGCUACAGCUGAGUUUAAACUCCCAGAAGCCCCAGAAAUUGAUGUUAAGCUUGGAAAAGCAGAAGUUUCAGUUCCAGAUGUAAAGAUGGAGGUUGAAAAACCUGAACUGGAGAUGAAACCCUUAGACACUCAAGUUGAACUUGACGGACAUGGAAGUAAAUUCAAAAUGCCAAAGUUUGGGAUCUCAAUGCCAAAAGUAAAAGGACCAGAAAUUGAUUUCAGCUUAUCAAAGAAAGAUGUAGAUGUCAGACUACCAGAAGCCAAAGCAGAGGUCAGUCUCCCUGAUGUUGAACUAAAGGAACCUUCUACAGAAGUGGAGGUGAAAGGUCCUGAGAUUGAAGCUCAGGUAGGCAGCAUGAAAGGAUCACCAUCAAAGUUUAAACUCCCAACAUUUAAAUUCCCCAAAUUUGGAGGUCCUACUCCAAAUGUCAGCGCUGAAGUACCUGAUACAGAACACGAAAUCACGAUUGAUGGAGCUGGGAUAUCUGUGCCAGACACAGAUGUUGAUGUGGAAGUUAAAGGAAAGGUCUCCCUGCCAGAGGUGGAAGUCAAGGAGCCAUCGGGUGGUGUUGUGAUAGAACAGCCAGGGGUUGAGGUAGAUGCAAAAAUGAAAAAGCCAAAGUUCUCACUGCCCAGAUUUUCCUUUUCAAAACCAAGUGUUAAGGCCCCAGAAGUUGAUGUCAGUGUUCAGAAUGUGAACGUUGAACUUCCAGAAGGAAAGGUGGAAGUGAAAGGAGGUGAAGUGGAUAUGAAACCACCAGAAGUUGAAGCAGAGAUUGACAGACAAGGAAGCAAGUUUAAAUUACCAAAGUUUGGCAUCUCAAUGCCAAAGGUGACAGGGCCUGAAAUUGAUUUAAGUUUAUCAAAUAAAGAUGUAGAUAUAAAAAUACCAGAGGCCAAAGCUGAAGUCAAACUCCCUGACGUUGAUCUGAAGGAACCGUCGGCUGAGGUGGAAAUCAAACCUCCUGAGAUCAAAGUUGUGACAAAGGACACAGAUGGAUCCCCAUCUAAAUUUAAAAUGCCAACAUUCAAAUUACCCAAAUUUGGAAUUGGCGCUCCAAGCUCCACCAUAGAAGUGCCCGAUAUGGACAAAGAUGUAAAGAUCAAUGGAGGUGACAUUGAAAUUCCUAAACAGGUCGUUGCAGUGGACAUUGCAGCACCAAGCAUUGAUACUGAAGGUCCAUCGAUAGAUUUGAAAACUACAGCAACUGAACGUGAAGGAAAAGGAAGUAAGUUUAAACUGCCAAGUCUCAGUUUUUCUGUGCCUCAAGUCAAAAGCCCUGACGUGGAUUUAAGCUCAUCAAAGACCGGUGUAGAUGUGACUUUACCAGGAGCUAAAGCUGAUGUUCAGCUCCCUGAUGCUGAAGUAAAGGAACCAUCGGCCAAAGUGGAAAUUCAAGCUCCUGGAAUUGAAGUUCACGCAAGUAAUGUCGAAGGAUCACCAUCAAAGUUUAAAAUGCCAACAUUCAAAUUACCGAAAUUUGGAGCUUCUACAACACCGGUCAGCGUGGAGGUACCUGAUGUGGACAUGAAAGUGGAUGGGGAGGAUUUGAAAUUACCAGAAGCAAAAGCUGAAGUCAAACUUCCUGAUGUUGAAAUCAAAGAGCCGGUUCAGGGUUCGAUAUCAAUUGAUAUGGCAGAGGGUGAUGCAAAGGUGAAAAAGACAAGCUGGACAUUACCAAAAUUUUCAUUUCCAAAGUCAAACAUUAAGAGCCCCGAGGCUGAGGUCAACCUUGUUACCCCAAAGGUUGAUGUUUCACUACCAGAGGUCAAAGCAGAGGUUCAUCUUCCAGAUAUAGACAAAGAAUCAUCAGGCAUUUCAGUAGAAGGGGCAGCUAACAUAGACCUUGAUGCCAAAUUGAAAAAGCCAAAGUUUUCAAUGCCCAAAUUUUCAUUUUCAAAGCAAAGUUCAAAAGAUCAUGAAGUUGAUGUCAGUCUUCCAGAAGUUGAUGUUUCUCUUCCAGAAGGAAAUGUUGAAGUUACAACAUCUGAGGUGGAUCUGAAGCCACCAGAAGGUGAUGUCAAACUAGACGGGCAGGAAAGCAAGUUCAAAAUGCCAAAGUUUGGAAUCACAAUGCCAAAAAUUAAAGGUCCUGAAUUCGAUUUGAGCUUAUCAAAGAAAGAUCGAGAUGUCACACUCCCAGAAGCCGAGGUGGAGGUUCAGCUACCAGAUGUUAAAACAAAGCAACCCUCUGGCAAAGUGGAAAUCAAGGCUGCCGAGAUUAAAGCUCAAGCAGGUAAUGUCGAGGGAUCACCAUCAAAACUGAAAAUGCCGACAGUCACAUUACCAGAAGGUAAAAUUGAAGUCACACUGCCCAGUGCUGAGGUCAUAGAACCUGAAGGGGCCAUUUCACUGCCAGAUGCACCUUCAGUUGAGACUGAAGCCAAGUCGAAACGACCAAACUGGACAUUUCCAAAAUUUUCAUUUUCAAGAACGAGUGGUAAAGCCCCCGAAGUUGAUGUCAACCUUGAAUCACCAAAAGCUGAUGUUGCAUCACCGGAAGUUGAUUUCAAUGCAUCACAGAAGGACGUAGAGGUCUCACUGCCAAACAUUAAAGCAGAAGUCAAACUCCCUGGAGUGGAAGUCAAGGAAUCUUCUGCUAAUGUGGAGACUGAUGCAAAGUCGAAGGAUGCUGGAGGAUCGCCAUUAAAGUUUAAAAUGCCAACAAUGAAAAUGCCGAAAUUUGGAGGUGGUACCUAUGAUGUCACGGUAGAAGCACCUGACGCAGACAAAGCUGAAAAAGAUGGAGCUAAACUUCAGGAGGAUGUUACUGUCGAGAUUAAAGCUCCAAGUGUUGAUAUAAAAACUGACUCUGAAACACCAAAGACUGAGACUGACACUGUGGGUCAUGGAUCUCCGAGUAGAUUCAAACUACCAUCCUUUAAAAUGCCGAAGCUGAGUUUCUCAAAACCCAAACCUGAAGAAGAACACGGUGACACCGACGGCCAAGAAGUUCAGCCAGAAACAGAAGAACAGACUAAAUCCCCAAAGGCGACUUUGACAGCGAUUGGUGAAAUCUUCAAGAAUUUUGAUGUUGAAUUUGAUGUUUCACCAACAGACAAAGUGGAAGGCCAUCUUGAAGCCUCAAAGGAAGUUCAUGAGACCAGUGAACCCAGUGCAAAGCAGUUGGAUGCAAAGGAAAAGGAAACAAACGCCAAGGAAGACACUCCCAAAAGUCCCGAGAGGACAGGGUGGUUUAAAUUCCCCAAGUUUGGUCUGUCCUCCCCAUCGGAAGCUGCCAAGACGCCUGAAAAAGACGAGCACAAGGAUGGAACGACCUCAGAAACAGGGGACGAGGAAAUAAGCCCCACCUGCUCUGUCCAGUCGUCAGACGCUUUUGCUGACAUCAGCUCUACGAUGACCAGCGAGCACGUCGGCCCGUCCAUAUCUUCUCCAACCAAGGUUACUGUCAAAUACUCCGAUCCCGACGCUGCUCUGAGCCUCGAAGAGAUUCACGGCAACGUCAUCACUUCGACCACGAGGACCGAAGUGAUUUCCGUUGAGCCACACUUGCCCGAGAAAAUCACCAUCCUGUCAUCGGGAGUUUCAUCGUCAUCAGAAGACACGCUCAGACUGGAAUCUGGAAAAAUACACGUCAUCACGUCCAAUAUUCAGGCGACCCCAGACUCCCAGCAUGCCAAGCUCCUAACUGCUGCUCAGGUCCAAUCAGCUGCAGGCCCUGCCCUCCAGUCACAGGGCGAGGAAGCUGCUUCGUGGACGGUCGAGGAUUCACAAGGCGGCAAGAGGACGGUCUACCAGCGGCACAUUGUUCGAGAAUCAUCGAGUGAAAGAAGCGCGAGCAAGGAAACAAUCGUCAUAACCAAACAAAUUACACGUGUAUUCGACUCGUCUGAGCCAAUCUCAGGUGACACGGCCACAUCCAUCCAGCGGCUGAGAGACUCUAUGCACUCGGAGAAAAUGAGGUUCUUCGACGGAGCCGAGAAGUGAAAUAACUUGUAAAUUAUGUGUAAAGAUGGUCGGUGGGUAAGAAGUUUCACUGGUCAUGUUCACGUGGGAGGAAAACGUGGGGAAAAGGUAGUUUUAAAGUGUAACUGUCCGUCCUCUGGCUGCAUGUUUCUGACUCUGAAGUGAUUCAUUCACGUCUCCAUGACAAUGUGAUCACGUUGUUAAUAAGCAACUUAAUGAGUAACUGAAGAACCUCGUUGCAAAUGAGGUCACGGCUUCACCGAUAUGUUUGCUUUGUGGUAUAUGACUAAACUCCGCUCUGUCUUUGGCUCAUCAGAUCCUAAUCUCUGUGGUUUCAUAGUUUUUAACGUACAUUUCUGAUCGGAGUUACUUGUGCUCUUAUUUAUCCGAUGUUAAACAAAUCUGUGCGUUUCAUUUAAAAAUCAAUCAAUGUUACCGACAUUCCACCGUAUUUUUACGAUAAUUUCACUGUAAAGUUAGUCGACAGUAGAAAACACCUAAAAAUACACCAGUGCAGAAAAUGUAAAAAAAAAAGGAAUGUGUACAUGUAUCACCAAGAUAUUCUUAAAUAGCUAAAAUGUAAAGAAACAAUAGCAAUGCAAAGCUGAAACACGAAUGUUUGUACUGCAGCGGCAAAUAUAUUUUUUACUAAUACUUUGCUACUUAGAACCUAAUUUGCUACGAUAAAAUGAUUAUAUUGUGUUUUCUUUUAUUAUCACUGUAUAAAGUGGGAAUAUUGAACUGGCUUUGUAAAUAGCUUUCAACGACCUCUGGAGUUUUAUUUGUUUACUGCUCCUGUUUGUAUUCGAAAAAGGCUUUAACCUGAUGUGUUAGCAGAGUUAUACACAAUAAAUAAAUAAAGAUUAUAAUAU